GACGUUCCUCUGCUCUCAGACACAGACUGCUGGAGGCUUUGAGGGUGGCGUCAGUUUGGCGCCAUGGCAACGAUACUAACCAAGUCACACCGGUCCUUCCCUACGCCAGGCUGGCAUUCACACACACGCUCACUUUUCUUAAUAAGAUGGACCUGGUGCACACGCUGGGGGAGAGUGCGGCGUUGGGUGCUGCUGGAGUGGUGCUGUGGGGGGAGCUGAAGUUUGCCCAAUCUAAGAAUCAUUGCAUCCUUCUCAGGGACUACGUGCACACUGUCUUGGGUCCCUUCGUCCAAUCCUUGAGGUCGGACACUAAGCGGUGCGGCCUUCAACUUUGCCAUGGCAACGGACGCUGUGCCAGGCGACGCCCCGGCUCUGGUCAUAUGAUCUCCUCAGGUCUAGCUUUGACCUUUAACCCCAAUGAAAUCCACUUCCUCUCUGACUCCUACCAUGGCAGAGCAUUUCAAAACCACUUCCUGUGUCAGUGCUACCCGGGCUGGACCGGGCAGGAGUGUCAAGAGAAGAAGAACGAAAACAGAGAGAAUAGCAAGUAACAGAAAUGUUUCUAUCGAACAGACAUCAGUUAUUUAAAAUGAAAUAAGUGAAUUGUGUUUAUUUCACACAAAAAAUCCCGAAGUAUGCAUGAACAACUGAUUUGAAUUAUAUUUCCCUCCAAGUGCAAAUCAUUUUGAGUUUAACUUGAUGACACUUCAUUACAUUUUUCCGGAUUUGUAACUUUUUUCCUAUUAACCUUUUGUUACUGGAAGUACUUUCCAAAUUAAGCUUUUAACCUAGACUGCAGUGUUUUUGCAGCAGGAAACCUAACACAGUAAUGGCUGCCCUGAGAAAUAAUGUAUAAGAGGUGGUUGAGGUCAUUGACCUUUAAUAAAUGUUACAUUGUUUUAAUUUAAAAAAGCAAA